GGGUUGGCGCAUGGGGGUUGGCGAGAGAGCCGUUCCGCUAUCGAUCGCUCGGUUAAAACUACCCCUACGAGGUCGGAGAGCCCGAAGGAGCCUUGCAGUGCUUAAAUCCACGCGACGGAGUCAAUUUCUGAACGGCAUAAAGCCCCGGCGUCAGUAGUCCGUCGGUCAGGUGGUUUAUCAAGACCGAAGGAUAAGGGAUAAUAACGAGACGAAGUACCGGGCUGAUCACGCGCAGAUUUGCUUCUUGUCGUUCCACAAUUUUUGUCAGGCUUAUUUGACUAAUUAAGGAGGACUUGGCAUAGCCACGGCAGAAUCAUGGCGUUCGCUGGGCUCAAGAAACAAAUUAACAAGGCUAAUCAGUAUAUGACAGAGAAAAUGGGCGGCGCCGAGGGAACCAAACUCGACGUCGACUUCGUCGACAUGGAAAGGAAAACGGACGUGACCUGCGAACUGGUGGAAGAACUCCAGAUGAAAACUAAAGAAUUUCUACAACCAAAUCCGACGGCGAGGGCGAAAAUGGCAGCCGUCAAGGGUAUCAGCAAACUCAGUGGACAAGCGAAAGCCUCGACUUAUCCUCAGCCCGAAGGGGUGCUCGGCGAAUGCAUGCAACUUUAUGGGAAGAAAAUGGGCGAAGACAGUAUUUUUGGUCUCGCGUUAAUCGAAAUGGGCGACGCGAUGAAGCAGAUGGCCGAUGUGAAAUAUUCUUUGGACGACAACAUCAAACAAAACUUCCUCGAGCCUCUACACCAUCUGCAGACGAAGGAUCUGAAGGAAGUCAUGCAUCAUCGGAAGAAACUUCAAGGGCGAAGACUGGACUUUGACUGCAAGCGGAGGCGGCAAGCGAAAGCUGCUGGGAAAAGGGCUGCUAGUCCACAUUUCGGAAGUCCGGCUCGAUCAAGCCCCGCAUCAACUUCUGUCGGUUCUCACGUUUCAGACGACGAGAUACGCCAGGCUGAAGAAAAGUUUGCUGAAAGCCUGCAUCUUGCUCAGAUGGGGAUGUUCAAUCUUCUAGAAAAUGAUGUGGAGCAAGUCGCCCAGUUGGCCACAUUCAGCGAAGCCCUGCUCGAGUAUCAUCAGCAGUGUACCGAAAUUCUGAAAGUGCUUACGGAAACAUUGUUCAUUAAGAAAGACGAGGCGGCGAACCGACCAAAAUUGGAAUUCGUUCCGAAAACACUCGCCGAUCUGAACGUUGAAGGAAUCUCUGACAUGAACGGUGGGAAUUACUCUUUACACGGGUCAAGUCGGGCCGGAUCUCCGGUUCUCGGGGACGCAAAGCGUUCGCAGCUCGAAUUAUUCCCAGCUGGACAACCGCCACAGUCCGCUAAUGCAUCGCCACUGCCGUCUCCAAGUAAGUCACCGGCCAGGACGCCAAUGAACAGGCAGCCGUGCUGCACUGCCCUCUAUGAUUUUGAACCAGAAAAUCCAGGCGAACUCGGAUUUAAGGAAAAUGAUACAAUUACCCUGCUCAAUAAGAUCGACGAGAACUGGUACGAAGGCAGUGUGAAUGGACGCACUGGAUACUUUCCAGUGACCUACGUCCAAGUCGUCGUACCGUUGCCAUAAAACACGACGGUCACUUGAUGAACCAAAGGAAAACCGCGUAUUAUUCAUGUCUACCACCAAAAUAACCUAACCAGUUACGACUAUUAUCCCUAUAUAAUUGAUUAAUUCGUUAAUAUUAAUUAAUCAAUCAUAUUAUGAUUAUUAAUUACGUUAUAACGUAUAAAUUUCCAUCCUCUCCGCAGUUAUUAUUACCUACAAACACAAGGAAGCGCAACUUCUCUUCGCAUGUUAUGUGUACAUAAUGUUAUACCUUAUAUCUUUACAAUUGGUAUAUAUAUAUAUCUUUUAUCGACGUAAGAAAUCCCACAUACAUAUACUGUAUCUCUAUACUCUUCUUCACUCCAUAUUACGUAUAUGUACUACAUUUUCCUAACCCGACACAUUCAAGUUUGAAAUUACGUUUUCCUUUCCUCGAACACUUUCUAUGCCUCUUACCUAUUUUUGUCGAACACAGGAUAUUCCUUGCUCAUAAACAUACUAUAUAUUCAUACGUUGAGUUCUCUGCACUCUUCUUCUUUUUGCAUUUUCAUUUACAUGUUCGCCAUUUGUAAUAUUAAUUCGACAAUCUUGUCACGUUUAUUCGUGCUCCGCUAUUCUGGCUGCACAACGGGCAGUUUCCAUACAUUUUGGAAAUUGUUUGACGAGAGUUACUCCUCUUUUGGGAUCAACUUUUGUCAUUGUAGAGGCGAGCUGAGGCGUAUAUACCGUGACAAGGAAUUACAAGAUAAUACCGGAUAUAAUUUUAGUCGACUUCUUUGAUCGUAUAUGUAUAGACGUUUUUUAUUUAGGAUAAUUAGGUAGAUCAAUUUUAAUUGAUUAAUUAAUUAAUUAGUUAAUUAUUAAUUACAAUCCGGUAGAUCUUACAGGAUUAUAUACAUAUAUACAUAUAGUUUUAGGAUAAUUUUCACCUGUCCCUGAAUCCGUAAUUCCAGAGUAUUGGAGUGAAGUUAUAAUACCUUAUCACAAUUUGCAGUGCGUCUAUUGAGAAUAUAAUGUAGCAAAUUGACGCGUGAUACUCUCGCUGAUUAAUGUAAUUUGGACAUCCUUCUUUCUCCCAAAUCUACUUCGCUCUUAAUCUGCAAAACCGUGUCGUCAAGGAUAGAAACCGAAUAUCAUUACCCGAUACAAUGGGAAAAUCAUUAUUGAUCUCCUGGAUCCAGGCUUUGGAUCAGGAAGGCUGCUGUCCAAUUUCACGCCUCUUAUACACAUAUUUACAUAGUAAUAUUUAAAUAGGUACAAAAAUAUAAUAAAUGACAACACAUUCGUCGAAAGUGUCGCGCGUCCCGCUUUCUUUAGUUUGUACGUAGUACACGUACUCUGUUAUGCUAGAGAAAGAGAGGGCACAUUUACAUGUAUGUUAUAUGACAUUAUAUCACGAAAAAUAAGAUUAGAGUGUAUUAUCGCAUUGCGUUUAAGGUAAAGCAACAGAAAAUAACCGAAAAAAACAAAAACAAACACGAGAAUAAAAAGAAAAAUACAAAUGAUCAGUUUUAUAUCAUAUAUGUAUACAUGUAUUACAGUAACAAACACGUAAACAUAAUAUAUGCAUACAUAUAGUGUAUACAUAUAUAAUAUAUAUCUAAUAAUAUACAAACUUGCGCGAAUCACCUGUCAGAACAAUGAAAGUAAUUUUUAGUUAUUCGUACGCCACGUGGUUAGGAGGAUGUAUACUUUGAGCGAUACUUGCUAAACAUAAUGAUUGUGUAAUGUUAUACAUACCUAUAUAGGCCAUAAAUCAAUAAUUAUAUAUAUUAUAUAAAAAGUUGAACAGAGAACGUUCAGUCGCGUAACUGGUCAAUUCGGCUGUCAAAUUGUUGCAUAGUUAGCAAUAAAAUGAAAUAUUACUGAAUAAAAUUACCCUCAAGGCUGUUUCGGGAAAAUGAUGAAGAUUAUUAAUAUUACUAUUAUUAUUGUUAUUCAAUCCACGUAUAACUUUAAACAUAUAACGACGUCGAGAUUACUAAACUUGGCUCAAGUUUCUCUGGUUUACUCUUAGAAAAAAUGAUAAACAUUACGCUAAUUGUAAACAUACAGUUGGACUCCAAAAUUAGAAUUAUAAGAGGAAACCAAAAAAUAAUUGUUGAAAACUUUCAAAUUCAAGUAGCUCAUUUUAAAGAAAACUUAAAAAUACAACAUUCUGAAAAUCUAGUGAUCCAUAUGUUACUGAAUGAAUACAGAUAAAUUUUCCUAAAAACGCAAAGCAAAGUCCGUAAUUUGACGUCAAACUGUGUGUUAAGAUUGGCUUGAACACUUGGUGUACAGUCUUUAUAAUAAUGUCUGCCAGAAAGGAUUUGUUUGAAAAUUUACUGACGUCGUUGCAAUACCUAAUACUUGAAUAACACAUAGAGCAAUCAAAUCACAAGCAAAGUUAAUAUUAUUGUCAGAUUUGCCGCGAACUGAAGCAAUUAAAGAAAACAAUUAACUACUAUAAAGAUAUACACUGAAAUUAAUUAUAAAUACUAAAUUGGUAUCUUAUUCUAUAAAUGUUGGCUAUUGUUAAAUGUUGAAUAUUGUUCUAUGGUCCGUUUCGUAAGUUAAUUAUAGCACGGGGUAGAUUCACUCAGAAA